GUUGAUAUCAGAAUAAAUGUAAACUCUUCAAGGUUAAACAGUUACGGGGCUAGAGGCAUAUAUUAUACGGCGGAAAUCGAGAAGUGAUCAUUAUUCCUAACUCCUGAUUGGCGGGUGCGUUCCAGUUUCAACGCCUUCGGUGGAAAUACUCCCGCAGUGAUCGGGCCGUACCUACCUACCUAGGUAUCUAGGUUACUUACCUACCUAUGCAUGCGUUGCGACCGACGCUCCCCUCAUCCCUCUGUCCACUAUUUUAGCUUGAGUUCGUCCGGUACCCAGGCAGUUGGUGGGCGUGGCCAGUUUCAAUCUCAACCUCGCUACCAGUGCUGAACAACUUACAUUCUUCUAAGUACAUAACUCAGUCGAGACCAUGGCUAAACCAUAUAAUCAAGUGGUCCUUUUUGGGGAUUCGCUCUUCCAAGGCGCUAGCGAAGUUCAAGAUGGCUUCUCGUUCCAAGGUGCUCUACAAAGUCAGUGUAUGCGACACCUAGACGUGAUCAACAGAGGAUUCUCCGGCUACAAUACCAAGAAUGCCUUGCAAUUGCUUCCAGAGAUAUUUUUGCCGGCGUCACCCUCAAAUCCGAGGAUCAAGUACCUUCUAGUCUUGCUAGGUGCGAAUGAUGCGUGCAUCGAUAUUCCGACCAACACCCAGGGCGUUCCAAUGGAUCAAUAUAAAGAGAAUUUGACUAAGAUAAUCACUCACGAAUACAUUCAGGCCCACGGCCCUAAGAUUCUGCUUGUUACGCCCCCUCCUAUUGACGAAAUCCGAAUUACCGAGCUUGACCUGGCCCUCGGACAUCCGCAGGCAACGCGGCAAGCGGCCGUUAGCGCUGCUUACUCUGAGACGGCUAGAAAGGUGGCGGCAGAAAUUCCCGGGGUGGUGCUUAUCGACCUCCAGAAAGCUAUCCUGGAUAAAGCUACCUCCUUAACGGCGGAUUUCGACGCGGGCGGCUCUCCCUUGGGAUAUCCUGGAGGCAAAAGAGGUGCCUUGGAACAACUUUUGCCAGAUGGUUUACAUAUGAGCGGAGAAGCUUACAAAGUCUUAUUUGACAUUGUCAAGCCACAUAUCGGCCCAUUCCCAGAGAAGCAGGGAGUUUUCCCAGAUUGGCGUGUGCUUAACCCCGGAACGUUGUAAUUGUUCACACAGGGUAGAUAUGACAUACAUAGGUAGGUAUGUACCGUAGAAGCCCUUGGGGUUUCUUGAAAAUAAUAGUCUAGAUUGCCCAAAUGCGACUUUCCUACAUGAAACUCGUACAGGUGAUGAUUAUUUACAUGUGUAGUUGUAAAAGAUUGAAAUCCGUAAAACAUCCAUGGAUGCAAGACAUACAUUACAUGCUUAUUGCAUUAGGGGAAUUGAAGUUGUUAUUCGGAGAUUUUACUGUAGGGUUCCUGGUUUGGUAC